GGCGUCAGGCGUGCUCAGUUGAGGCGGCGGGACAUCGUGCGCAUACUGGGAUCAACUUCUUUCAAGGGAUCUACAGCGUCCUAUUCAAACAGCUCGAGUUCAAUGUAAGCCUUAUUUUAAGGAAUAUAGAUCAGAGUAUCGGAUAGUCACUUUCGUUUAGAUUUUAAUAUAUAUUGAGGUGCUUUUAAACGCUGGAGAAAAUGCCUGUAGCGUCUCUUCUACCUUUCACGGUUACCCCGAAUAGGAAGUCUGCCAGCCCGACCUCCUUCAGGCUUACGGAGAAAUUUAUAUUGCUUUUAGUUUUUAGCGGCUUUAUUACUCUGUGUUUCGGAGCUAUCUUCUUCUUGCCGGAUUCUUCUAAGCUCCUCAGCGGAGUUUUCUUCCGCUCGUCCUCGGUGGAGGCAGAGACGCGCACAGGUACGGUCAGCGAUCAAAACCCCGGGACGGGCAAGGAUGAGAAGAUACUGGCCAAGAUUAGAAAAGAUCACGAAAAGGCACUGCUCGAAGCCAAGGACACCCUACAGAAACGACCGGAAGAGAUUAAUCAAGACAUUAAGCGCGAGAAGGAGAAAGUUGCUGGACAGAUGAAAGGCGUAAAAGCUGACAGUUUGCCCCUCGUUCAGUACGUGCGGCCGCCCGGUGCAACAGGGCACGAGCCGUCAGAUCCUGAUAUUAAAGAGAAGAGAGCCAAAAUUAAAGAGAUGAUGCAAUUUUCCUGGGACAAUUACAAGCGCUACGCCUGGGGCUCCAACGAACUGCGUCCUGUCUCUAAGCAGGGCCACUCCAGCAAUCUGUUUGGAAGCCUCAAAGGUGCCACCAUUGUGGAUGCACUGGACACGCUCUACAUCAUGGAGAUGUAUGACGAAUUUGAGGCUGCCACAGAGUGGGUGGAGAGGAACCUGGAUUUCAACAUGAAUGCUGAAAUCUCGGUCUUUGAAGUGAACAUCCGUUUCGUCGGAGGGCUGCUGUCCGCCUAUUAUCUCUCAGGCAAAGAGGUGUUUAGAAAGAAAGCUGUUGAACUGGGAGAGAAGCUGUUGCCGGCUUUCAAGACCCCGACCGGCAUUCCCUGGGCUCUCCUCAACCUGAAGAGUGGGAUAGGCAGAAACUGGCCAUGGGCGUCAGGAGGAAGCAGUAUUCUCGCUGAGUACGGGACGUUGCAUUUGGAGUUUAUGCACCUCAGCGCACUUUCCGGGAGGCCUAUAUUUGCUGAGAAGGUAAUGAAUAUUAGGAAAGUGCUGAAUCGCCUGGACAAACCUCAAGGAUUGUACCCCAAUUACCUGAACCCAAACAGCGGACAGUGGGGCCAACAUCACGUCUCUGUAGGCGGCUUGGGCGACAGUUUCUACGAGUACCUGCUGAAGGCCUGGCUCAUGUCAGACAAAAGCGAUGACGAGGGGAAGAAACUCUACUAUGAUGCCCUGCAGGCUAUUGAAAAGAAUUUGAUUCGCAAGUCAAGCGGAGGGCUGACGUAUAUCGCAGAAUGGAAGGGCGGACUCCUGGAGCACAAGAUGGGUCACCUGACGUGCUUCGCUGGUGGCAUGAUCGCUUUGGGGGCAGACGGAGCCCCUGAUGAUAAGACGGGUAACCAGAUGGAGCUGGCUGCUGAGAUCGCCCGGACGUGUCACGAGUCGUACGCUCGAACCAGUAUGAAGCUGGGCCCGGAGGCGUUCCGCUUCGACGGCGGCGUGGAGGCCAUCGCCACACGGCAAAACGAGAAAUACUUCAUUCUGAGGCCGGAAGUCAUCGAGACGUACAUGUACAUGUGGAGGUUCACCCACGACCCCAAAUACAGACAGUGGGGAUGGGAAGCCGUACAGGCUCUGGAGACGCACUGUCGGGUGGAAGGGGGUUACAGCGGAGUGAGGGACGUCUACGGCAGCACCCCCAACCAUGAUGAUGUCCAGCAGAGCUUCUUCCUGGCUGAGACACUUAAGUAUCUGUAUCUGCUGUUCUCUGAUGACGAUCACUUGGCCCUCGAGCACUGGGUGUUCAACACGGAAGCCCAUCCUCUUCCCGUCAUUAAGAAACCGAGUCCGGAGUUAACCAAUCAUCUCAAGUAACCCCAAACCUUCCCGAAGCUCCAACGAAACGUGACUUCCUGGACGUGCUCUGGCAUUGGGUGAGAGAUAUGAACUCAGAGUCCCACUGUGGCUGGAGACGUCCUGACCUCCUGGAGCUUCAGGUCUCCUGUCACAAGCCUCAGUCCCGGAGCGCUUACCCCUGGCUGAUUGUCCUCCGCUAUCUCCGAUGACGGGAUUCUGCAUGCCGCCUCCAUCCUCUCUUUGUCCCCGACGCUUUGGUCACAUCUCUGAGUCGCAGAGACCGGAAGGACCGUAUCUCCUCUGUGAGGAGACCAAAUGUUUUCCACCGCCCUCUCUCACACUAUAAAAAAAGCCAUAGGUAAUUCAAGCGUCGUUUUUCGUUUUUUGCGUCGUAUUUGAGCGAGGAUGUGAGAAAGUUGCUCAACUUUUGUUGUUGCUCUUGCUGUCGUUUUGUUUAAAAUCGCUUGUUUGGUUUUGGUUCGGGGCUUUAUGUGGCAGCAAGGUAGUGAAACAAAGUCAACUAGUGCCUUUUAGUCUUGAUAAACGUAACGUUAGUCAAACUAUUGAAUUGAUUUUCGCCGUCUGCAUUUACGUGUGUCCGAGCGUGUCGGCCCUCGCACAUUCUUUCUGGAACUGCUGUGGACGCGUGAAUCGUUGGAGUUUUUACUUCUUCCCAUUAGCUUGCAUUGAACGUUGCUGAAAAAUGUGUACAAAAUGUGUUUUGUUUACUUCACCAUCGGAAGCAGAGACUUUUUCUCCUACAUGUGUAAAAUAAGAGUGCUAUGUGUUAAUUUAUUACUUGUAGAGGGCAGGGAGCUUUGCGAAGUUGCUUAGAUCUUUCUGUAUCUCUCGGAGGGUGUUGGGAAGACACGGGCAGCAUCCGUCAAACGGGGAGGAAAUAUCUGUAUGAUGAAUGUACCACCAAAUGUGAAUCAUAUUUUGGCCUAGUUGUUGUGAUUUUAUGAUUUUAUCAAUUCGUUUGUUUAAUGUUUAUUUUAAUACGAAAGCACAAAAAACAUGAUUCAAUAUAUUUGGGUUCACCCUGGUGAAAAUAUAUAAGGGUUUUACUGGAGGACAUCCCGGAAGGAAAACAAAGCAGACCACUACACUGGACACUAAUAGGAAAAGACGAGGACGUGUCACGCUGGUGGAUCUCGCACGCCGGUAUGCAUAUAUAUAUAUAUAUGUACAUCCCAUAGGAACAAUACAUACACUACAUUCAUUACACAAGAAAUGACUGUAUUACGAUUCAUGGUGGAAUAUACUAAUUCUUAAUCUAUGUAUGAAACCUCUGAUAUGAGGUUUGCAUGGAAAGACAUGCUUGAUGACAGGUUUCCUGUUGCUUCAGUGUGAUUGGUUAGUUGUGGAGUGAGGCUGCUGCUGAUGCGAUUGGAUGCCACACCUCGUCUUUUGUUCUCAUGUUGUCCUGUGACACUUCUUUAAGGCAGUGUUCCUAAAACCAAGCCCACAAAUAUUCACAUCUGGGUAGAAUUGAACCACCCUGCUUGGCUAGUAUGUGAGUAGGCGUGGCCGUUUAGCUUUAACCAAUGGCGAUGCAUUUCAUGGAUGAUGUAUUAUACUGGUGGAUAAAGUGAUAUUUUUUCAUAAGAAAUACCUUCUAGAACGAUUGAAACACUUGACAUGGUAUUUUUUGGAAUGCUACUGAACAGCAAAGGAACCAUACAUGAAAGUAACGUCAUGAGCCUGGAGCUCCAGGGAGGCCUGUCAUGCAAAAAAACACUGUGACACACUGUAGAUAGGACAUGGCAUUCACUGUAUUCACGAUACACCCACUCUAAACGACGUUUAGCUAUAGAGCGGAUUAGCGCGAACUUGCACUUCGUGUCGUCUGUUUAGUUCACGUGAUUCCUCAAGCUGUGAGUUUGCAUCGUAGCGGUAAGAAUCCACAGCUGCUCUUCGGAGGCAGACGUUUCCUCGCAGAAUAGAAGAUGUGCUUUUCAGAAUUCUGGAUUUAAAAAAAUUGUUGAUUAAAUAUUGUGUUGAUGAUCUUGCAUAGCAAAUGCCUUUUUAGUUUGUGAUUCUUGUCUUUUGUUAUUUCUUCGUGAAACCACCUCGGAAAUGUAACUGUACAAUAUUGCUGAUAAUCAUUCCAUUGCACAUAGUCUGAUUUUUUUCUUUACUAUAUAUGCAAUUUAUUUUGUCGGAAUUUGUCGUUUGGUUUUAUUGUUUUUUUCUUAAUUGUACAUAUUUCAUUCUGGCACAAUGCCAGCCAUCAUUUAUAUGAAUCUCAUUGAUCUUAUGUAAUAAAUUAUAUUAAAGAGCAGCAAAAGAUUUUGAUAAACUAUAUUUGUUACACUUCAAUUGUGAAUAAAACGAUCUUUUAAUAUAA